AUGUCAAAUAUUGCGAAUCUUGAUUUCAGUGCUUCGAAAAGCAAUGGUGACAACUACCUGGAAUGGACGCUUGAUGCAAAGAUCAUGCUGCGAUCAAAAGAUCUUGGUGACACAAUCACCGAAGACAACAAUUCCAGUGACAAACACAAGUAUAAAGCUAUCUACAUGAUACGCCACCAUCUCCAAGAGAACUUGAAAACUCAGUACAUGACCAUGGAAAAUCCAUAUGACCUUUGGAUCGCUUUACAGCGAAGAUAUGACCACCAGAAAACGGUGUUGCUUCCAAAGGCUCAAUAUGAUUGGAAACACUUAAGGUUCUUGGACUACAAAUCAGUAGACGAGUACAACUCAGUCCUGUUCAGAAUUGUGUCCUUGUUAAGGUUAUGUGGUGAAAAAGUAACCAAGGAAGAGAUGCUUGAUAAAACUCUCUCCACGUUUCCUCAAACCAACAUGGUAUUGCAACAGCAGUACAGAGAGAGGAAUUUCGCCACAUAUACUGAGUUGAUAGAAUGUCUCUUGUUGGCUGAAGCUAACAACGAACUGUUAUUGAAAAACAGUCAGAUGAGACCUCCUGGUACAGCUCCAUUACCCGACAUCUCUAAGCUGGCUAUAGAGCCAAAGAAAGAGAAUUUUCCAUUAAAGACUAUACGUCUAGACAAUGCAAGUGAAUUCACUUCCCAAGAUUUUAAUGACUAUUGUAUGUCCAUGGGGCUGAUUGCCCGGCCACUCUUAAUGAAUACCAAACUCCCAGUAUCAGCUUGGGGACAUGCAGUACUACAUGCAGCUGAGCUAAUUCGCAUCAGGCCAUCUAGUGAGCACAAAUACUCGCCAUCCCAACUACUAACGGGUCAUGAGCCAGAUAUAUCCCAUCUAAGAGUUUUUGGAUGUGCCGUCCAAGUGCCUAUAGCACCACCACAGAGAACAAAGAUGGGACCUCAGAGGAGGAUGGGAGAUCCUCGGACUAGAGAUUGUGAUCUAGAAGUCCAGAAGAUUAUACAUCUUCAAGAGCUAGCUAACAGAUUGCCAGAUUCCUUUGCUGACCCAAAUAGAGUAACCAAGUCAUACAUACCAGCUGCAAAUGCACCAAUAAGACUUGAUGUCCGUGAUGGACAUAAUCAGGCUGCUACUACGUCUAAACCACAAUUGAAACGUGGUAGACCAGUAGGUUCCAAAGACAACGAAGUUCGGAAAAGAAAAAGUGCAAAGAAAUCCGACAAAGUGGAAACUCUAGACAUGGAAAAGGAAACUCAUGUACCACCAAAAGAUACUUGGGACGCUAAGAAUCAAGAUGUUUCGAAAACGCACGAGAAAAAUUUGGAAUCGGAAAAGAGAGAGAUGGCAGUUACAGGAGGAGACAAUCAUGUGGAAGGGAAGGGAUCGGGAAAUCAUGAGAGAAGGGAGAAUCAAACGGGUAAACAAGGAUUGGAAAACCUUUCGAGGGGAUCUGAAAAAGGAGGAUCAUCAUGGGUCGAGGUAGCGCAAGAGAAGAAGGUGUUUAAGAAGUAUGAAUUGAAGAUCACAUAA